AGCUGAUCCCCCUUAACUUUCUCCGUCCACAGCGCUCCAGAGACAGAAAUAAGAACCAGCCUGUAAGAGGUUUAGCUACUGUCCCUGAAUCUCAGCUCUGUGUCGGUGGACUGUACGACUGAAACUACAAAGAUUUUAUCUCCAGGAGAAUAACCGAACGACUCUUCAUUCCGUAGAUCUCCAGUGUUUUGAUGUCACAUUCCUGAAGUUUCUACAGAACUCAGAGGACCGGCCCGGCCCGACAGCAGACGGCAGGGCUGCCAGAGAUCACAUUCUUCUUCCCUUCAGCUUGAGCAGGAAUAAAAGCAAGGACACAGUGUUUGCUUGGAUAUGGCUUUUCUGUGUAUGAAAGAAAGACAGAGGGAGCUGAUCUGAGGUCAAGGCCUUCUUCUUCCUCUGAGUCACAUGUCAGCGUGAAGCUCAACCCCCAGGGUUGCUAUUGCUACACUGAGUGACCUAAAUACGUGCAUGCGCACUUGGAGAAGCAACCCAGACUGAAUUGCUGUGGAAAAAGCUGAGUUUCUCCUGCUGCUUUUAGUCACGACUGAGGAGCUUCCCAGACCCGCCGAGUGGACCAGACCUCUGCUCUGACCCAAAGAUUGAAAUCGCCUCACAUCAACUUUUCAGAAGCAAGAUGCCGGCAAAAACACCCAUGUACCUAAAAACUACAACUCCCAAAAAGGGAAAGAAGCUGAAGCUUCGGGAUGUCCUCUCAGGUGACAUGAUCAGCCCCCCGCUGGGUGACGUUCGUCACAGCGCACAUGUGGGACCUGAAGGAGAGGGUGACAUGUUUGGAGACGUAGCUUUCCUCCAGGGGAAGAUGGACAUGCUGCCAUCUCUGAGUCGGAUGGAGAAUGGCCACUUACGCUCUCACAGCGUGGAGAGACGGGUGGGCGACAGCUUCACUGCAAAACAGGAAGCACACAACUACGCCUACAAUGGUUUCCAUUACCAACAUUCCUCCAACGGCCUGCUGAAGACCACCAUCUCCAUGCCGGUGUUCAUGGCCCACGAACAGGCUCCGCCCAAACCGCCUCGCCUCCACCUUGACGACCCCUCCCCUCCCUCUAUGCUGUCUCAGCAGCCUCCGAUGAGCCACCAACGGGCCAACGGCUGCAGCGCCAUAGACAGCCAGCAGCGCCCGUCUCUGUCACUCAGUGAGAACGGAGUGGUGGGCUGUUUGGCAUCAGAACCCUGCCGAGACAUCUCCCUGCCCCCCGCCAUCCACAAGCUCGUCCCUUCUUCCGGUUCCUUCUCAGAAGUCUCCUCUGAGGACUCCAUGUCAGAGACCUGCGGGCCCCUGGACAUUCGCCGGGGCCUCAGCCUGGACUCUGAUGCCGGCCUGAGCAAUGAGGAUCUGAGGAGCGAACGCAGCGAGUCGCCCUGCGCUGGCUUCCACCCCAUCAGCCUCACAUCCUCAUCCAGCGUGUCAAGGUCCGACUCCAUGGCCAGGUUGGACUUAGAUCUGGGCCCGUCCAUCCUAGAGGACGUCCUAAGUAUCAUGGACCGUUACAAAACUGAGGACGACCGCUGUGAGCUGUGAACAAUGAAACGAUUAAUGUGACAGAUAUUUUUAUACAUGUUUAAAUAUAUCUUUCAUUUGUUUUUGUGUUGAUACUGAAUGUGGACAAAAGUUGGAGGGACGGACAAAGGAGGGUGUAGAAAACGUUAGCACUUCACAGCUGAGUUUUCAUAGUAGUAAAAAGCUGAAAGAGUAGAGGUGGACUUUACUGUUAAGUGCAAGAACAUUGCUGCUUUACAUGACAACAGCCAAGGCAACAGGCUGGUCCUUUGGAGCCUUCAUCAAAGCUGAACCUCACACCCAAUAUCAUGAAGCAUAAACGUCAGCAUGAACCUGGAAAUUCAAUUUUCUCUUUGGACACAAGUUUGCCUCUAUCUGCACUGUUUCACCUGUUAAUCUGAGCAGCGCUGCAGAUUUAUGCUGCUCCCUUCUCUGCUUGUUAAUGGUUAACAAAAUGCCAGUCAGUUAUAAAUGACUCCAGACUGACCUGGCAAAAUAAACAGCUGCACAGUCAUUAAUUAUUUUAACACUGGGCAGCCAUUUAUGCAGUAGAGUUAAAAUUAGCCUUCCUGAUUCAGACAAAGCUGACCUGCAGAUAGUUUCAUGCUGCAUGCAGUGAUCUGUCCAGGACUUUUUUCGUGGAGUAAACCUUUGUGUAAUGUUUCAGUGCCAGCUGAAGAACUGCUGAUUUUAUUUUUGUUCUGUUACAGACUUCAGUCUAAAUCCACCAUCUAUUGUUGCUUUUGUGGACAGCACCACCAGUUUUUCACUGGCAGAUUUCUUUUAUUCCAUUUCUUAAAAAAAAAACAGAGGGAAACUCAGGACAUUUAUUCUCCGUGGUGAAAAAAGUGUAAGAAAAUGCUGCUUUUAGUUCAUUUUCAGAUACUGGUCUUUUUAAGAAGGAAUUCUUUCCUCCUCUUUGAGGCUCGCUAUCUGCCUCCUUAAUGUUCACUGUCUGCAUUAUCACAGUAGCCUAUUAUUCAAAUGUCAUUUAUGCUGUAUAUACUUCUGUAAACUUAUGAAUGAAAUGUUUCUUAUAAAUAAAAACUUGUGUCAUGGAGAGUUUAUCUAACACAUAAACACAUAUUGAGGGUUUCAAACCUCAAUAAGAGGCCAGGUAACUACAACAUUCCUGAAAUACCACAGAUAUUGAACAUUACAGAGAGGGAGGUCAUGUUUUAAUUAGAAGUAUUACAGGCAUGCAUUUAGUUAUAUUAGUAUGUAACCCUGCAUGAUGCACUGUAGUUUAUUCCAGAGGUUUUCAUUGUGUAAAGCUAGCCUCCUUAAGGGGAUUUAAAGCAACUUACAGGGAGGCUCACUGAAUGGAGGUAAGGAAAUACUGCAUAACACAAAGUUUUUAAAGAGUAACUUAAAUAUCUGUGAUAUGACUGACAAGCUCAGAUAAAUCAGUCCGAUCAAGUAAAUGCGACUGCUUUUCUCAGUCAGAAAGAAUUAACUGGACAGAGUAUUUCUGCAUUUAACCCCUUAAUGCCUGAUGUAUAACAUUUUAUACAUACUGUUUUUGAGACCUUGGCUGAUGUUAUUUGGACAAAGUAAACAGCAGUGUCUUGAAUCACAUGCCAAGUGUGCAUGGAAUUGAACAACACAGUCACGAUCCUAUUAGUCCAGAAAGUUGGAAAAAAAAAAAAAAAAAAAAAGUGGAGAGGUGGAUUAUUUGUAUUUUUCCCCAAUUAUAUCUGAUGGGAAACUUACUGUGUCAAACUGUUAAGGCUUGUUUGGUUAUUGAGAAAACUACACUUUAUUAGUCAUUGUUUUACUGUCCUCUA